AUGCGACCACUCUCUGGUCUGGCCCUCCUUCUCGCAUUCGCUACAUAUUGCGUGGAGCGAUUUGAGGGAGGUUUACUCGAGGUGCCUAACUUCCCGAGCAAUGAGGACAAGGCUGAAGCAAGGGAAGUUGACGAGAAGAAGGGCGAGGGAGAGGAGGAGGAGGAGGAGGAGGAGUUAAGCAAGGAAGCCCAUGAAGUUGAUAGACAGAGGACUUUGCUCUUGACAGCUGGAUGGAGUCGACUACGCCUCAGAAAACCUCGGAAGUAUCCUAUCCCCAUAUGUCCACAUGGUGAUAGAAGUCCAGGUCCAAUGACUUUUUAA